UGGACGGUCACAUAUGCUCCAGAUCCACUGAACGUUUACUGGGAGCAUUUGUCCACUGGUGGCCUCAAGUGGUGGCUCCGCUGCUUUAUCAUCAACUGCUUUCUCUUCCUCUUGCUCUUCUUCCUCACCACCCCUGCCAUCAUCAUCUCCACCAUGGACAAGUUCAACGUCACCAAACCCGUGGAGUACCUGAACAACCCCAUCGUCACUCAGUUCUUCCCCACCCUGCUGUUGUGGUGCUUCUCGGCCCUUCUCCCCACAAUCGUCUACUACUCUGCCUUCUUUGAGGCCCACUGGACACGAUCUGAAGAGAACAGAACAACCAUGCACAAGUGCUACACCUUCCUCAUCUUUAUGGUUCUGCUGCUGCCGUCUCUAGGACUGAGCAGUCUGGAUGUUUUUUUCCGCUGGCUCUUUGACAAGAAAUUCCUUGACGAGGCAAAAGUCCGAUUCGAGUGUGUCUUCCUUCCAGAUAAUGGAGCUUUCUUUGUGAACUAUGUCAUUGCAUCUGCCUUCAUUGGUAACGCCAUGGACCUGUUGCGCAUUCCUUAUUUUCUUAUGUACAUGAUCCGGCUGUGUCUGGCACGUUCAGCAGCCGAGAGGCGCAACGUGAAGAAGCAUCAAGCUUAUGAGUUCCAGUUUGGAGCUGCUUAUGCCUGGAUGAUGAAUGUCUUUACUGUGGUCAUGACCUACAGCAUCACCUGUCCAAUUAUUGUGCCAUUUGGACUGAUGUACAUGCUACUGAAGCACCUGGUGGACAGGUAUAACAUGUAUUAUGCCUACCUGCCCUCCAAGCUGGAUAAGAAAAUCCACUCUGGAGCUGUCAACCAGGUGGUGGCAGCACCCAUCCUCUGCCUCUUCUGGCUGCUCUUCUUCUCUACUGUCCGUACAGGUUUUGUUGCUCCAACAUCGAUGUUUACCUUUGUGGUUCUGAUCAUCACCAUCAUCAUUUGCCUCUCCCAUGUCGUCUUCGGUCACUUCAAAUACCUCAGUGCGCACAAUUACAAGGUCGAUAUGGACGGUGUAGACAAUGGACGACAACCAGAUUCAUCUCCACCUGUCAAGUCUGUUCAGACGUACGUCGCCCAAGUGCUACAGGACCCAAACACAGACGAGACAGGAAGCGGUGAGGACGAGGGGCAGGGGUUGUCACAGGGUGAGGAGGGGGUGAAUGAUGGUGAUUUCCAAUCAGGAGAGGACAGCCUUAUUGAGAACGAGGUGCACCAGUGACCCAGGCAGGGCCACGCCAUGUGCUCAACUUGGCAGGACUUUAACAUGACCAAACAGAGAUCCACUACACCGCUACACCUCACUUCACUUCCAUCACAGCUGACGGCUAAAACACUCCUUUAUCAUUGAGGCUUGGAGACAGGAUGGCCAGUUGUCAAGAAUUUAGAGUGGCUUGUGAUUGUACUCCACCUAUAUGAGUUUCACAAUUAUUCUCUAGAAGAAAGUUAGAAGAACAGUUACCCUGUUUGGUAGAUACAGAGUUGCUUGCCAUUACAAUCGCAUGUCUAGUAAAUAAGACCAGAAACAGUAACAAUUACUUAUAAUUUGCAAUUAAGAUUUUAAUGUACCUAUGUUAUGAUGAAUUAAAAAACACCCAUAGUGCUAUCUCAAGAGGGCAGGAAAAUUACAUAUUUGAGUGGAUUUCACACAUACGCUUAGUCAGAUUUCUCCUCCAAAUCUUUUGCAUAAAAAAAAGAUUUAUUCUAAGGAAAUUAGUUAUGUAGAAUAAUGGUCAAUUAAACUGUUUGGUGACUGUUAAAAGCAAAAAUGGAUAGAUAUGGCAACUACGUUUUAAUCGAACAGAAUCAAGUAUCUCAGACUCAUUUGAUUUUAGAUGUUUACCAUCUGUAGUGCAUAGAAACAACACAUUUCAGUGAUGGUCACGUCAAAAUGUAUCAAAAUGCUUGUGGAAUAUACAUCAGUCACCAUGACAGACAGUUGAGCAGAAUUAAGUUUUGAUUUAGAAACCAGAUUUAUUUCUUUUUUGCCACUAUACCACAAUAUAUGUGAAGGAGCAAAUUUCAUUCUUCUCUAUCAAAGUAAAUUUAUUUAACAUAAAGACCUUUAUUAGUUCCAUUUUGUAUUCAUAAUUGUUGGGGAAAAAAAGGAUCGAAAAACUCACUCCAGCCUGCUGAAUUAACCAACUGUGAGGAAAACUGUCGCCGGACACUAAUUGUAUCACCAUAUACUUGGAUUGGAAAAGCCACUUUCCCAGUCCAACGGACGGACUCAAAGGCAAAUCACCAUCCCUGGAACUAUUCUCAUGUCUACCCUUACGUCUUCUGCACAUCCAGUGUUAAAAUGUGGAAUGAUGCUACUUUCGGAAUCAGGCAUCAGAUGGACCGAUUUUAAAUUGUGUUGCUCUACUGUGGAAUGUUCUGUCAAUAACUGAUACUGUAGCAAAAAAGAACUUAAACGCACAGCAAAUUCCCCAUGUGGGCUUAAAGGUGGAAUUUGUGAAUGUGAAUAUAUUUUUUCUUUUUGUUAUGCAUGGGUAUGAAAUAAUGGUUUCAUCAGGUUUUGGUGAAUUUUUUUUUUCCUUUUUAUUGGCACUAGCAAGUGAUGUUACACAUCACUAUUUUUGAUCACUAAACAUAUUUUACUACUCAUAGAUGCUGUAAAGUGUGCAUGGAAAACAUAACCAGAAAUCCCUGAACAUCCUAAAAAUUGGGUUUAUGAGGAUAGCAAGAUAUCUCACGGGGUCAAAUAUAUCAAUAUGUCUUAAUUAUGGUCUUCUUUAUUGCUAUAGUGGUGUGUUCCUUGCAAUUUUACCAGAGAAUGAGAAAUAACAGACAUUUUUGCUACUCUGUCCAUUAAUGCAUUUUUGUGUUUUUUGUCCAUUGUUGAAAUGAAACUCAGAACUGGAAACAGAAUAUUUUUUAGUUUUUCUUUCAAAAUUGAGCAGACAAAGGCUGUGCCCGAGUACUUGCUUUAAAAUAUGUUUUUCUUUGUCCAACCUCUAUAUGGUUGAUCUUUCCUGCUAGUGGACUUAAAUAGUUCUCAUUAUGUCAUUUAUUGUUUACAGGAAUAGCAAUGCUGUGUUUAAACUGACAUUUUUUGCAACAAAUGUUAACUUGAAACAGUUGUCGGGUGUUUGCAAACUUGUGAAUUAAACAUUAGGAAGCUAAUCGGUGAUAUCUUUAUUUAAUUUAUUUAAAUCACACUAGUCUACAAAAUUUAUCACUGAGGAGCUUGUAACUUUUAAAUGCAAAUAACACUGUAGGCUAUGCACUUCAUGUGGAAUGUUUAACAUUGUCAUGGUGCAUAUCAAGCCAUUUUUGUCAGUGAUCUUGUUUGGACAACACUGAGUAACUGCAGUGCUUUGUACAUCUGAUGCUCUUGCUGCAUAGAUACUGUAGGGGAUGACUGCAUCCUGGAUCCAUUUAAGGAAAAACACUGUUUCAAGCAUGAUGCGGCAAUAAUUUAUUUAUGCAUCUUUAUAGGCUUUUCCCAUUUGUUACAGAUGUUGUCCACAAUAUUUAUUUAAUCUGUCAAUAACUUUUCCGUCUUUUGAAUUAAUGGCCAUUGGCCUGGAGUGAAGUGGUUAAAUCAGUGUAAUAUUUUUGUAAAUAGAAGCAUUGAGCUGUUUUUGAAACACUAAACUAUUUGCAUUUGUGCAGCUUAGCCAGCAAAGCCAUGUACAGUUGACCAUGAAUUGUUUGCUUUUGCCCUUUCAGAUUUCCCUUAGGUUCGUACUUUGCUUGCGAUUACUGCUUUUAAUAGUUUUGUAUUUCAACCUCCCCUCAAAUUAUCUUUUGUAGUGUCAUCCUCAAACUCUUCCAUGUCUUUGAACAAUAAAAUAGACUGACAAAACCAUA